GCGGUGGCCCGGGAAGGCCAGCAGCAUCGCGACACCGUGCAGAAGGACUUCCUGGACACUUAUGACAACUUGACCCUGAAGACCAUGAUGGGCAUGGAGUGGGUCCACCGCUACUGUCCCCAGGCCGCUUUCGCCAUGAAGACAGACUCUGACAUGUUCAUCAACGUCUACUACCUGGUGGAGCUGCUCCUGAAGAAGAACCAGACCUCGCGCUUCUUCGCUGGCCUCCUCUAUGAGAAUGCCCUGCCUGUGAGGGCAAGGCCCCAUAAAUGGUUCGUCAGCCGAGAGGAUUACCCGCUGGACACGUAUCCAGCCUACUGUGACGGCACCGGCUAUGUCUUCUCUAGCGACGUGGCCAGCCUGGUGUAUAAUGUUUCCGGCAGUGUCCCGUUCAUUAGGCUGGAGGAUGUCUACGUGGGACUCUGCCUCCAAAAGCUGGACAUCCGCCCCCGGCAGCUUCACACAAGGCAGUCCUUCAGUCGUGACGGCCCACCCUUUUCCGUGUGUGGCUACCGGCAGGUUGUCUCCAGGCACCACAUCAAGCCUCAAGAGAUGAGGCUCUAUUGGUACGGUCUAGAGAGUUCCCUAGGAGAGGAGUGUCCGUCCAGGUGA